AGCCAAUGGAUAAUCGCAACGCAGGAUUUCGAAUGUGGUGGCGGUAGCUGAGGGUUACAUGGCGGAGCGGGAGGCUGCAUCAGCUCGCCCGGACGUGAGCGGCCGAGAUGAGUUUUACUAUGUAGCCCAAGCUUGAGUCUAUGUUCCACCUGCUUUAGCCUUUUUAGUAGCUUGGAUUAUUCUACAACACCUGAUUAUUAAUAUUUCUAAACUGAAAAAUCGAAGUUACUGCCUUUUUUGAAACAAAGAUGGUUAAGGAAAGGUGUCAGAAAAGGUCCUUUCAAGAUACUCUUGAAGACAUCAAGAAGCGAAUGAAAGAAAAAAGGAAUAAAAACUUGGCGGAGAUUGGCAAACGCAAGUCCUUUAUUGUUGCACCAUGCCAAGUACCCACUAACACUUCUACACUGCUGAAAUAUUACCAAGACAACAACAGGUUGUUAGUUUUGGCUUUGCAAAAUGAAAAAUCCAAAGUGAGAGAAGCACAGGAUAUCAUCCUACAGCUGAGAAGAGAAUGCUACUACCUUACAUGUCAGCUAUAUACACUGAAAGAGAAGCUAACUUCCCGACAAAGUGAAGAAACCCCUCAGGACUGGAAAGGACAUCCCUCAGAAGUGGUCUCCAGCAGUGACAGUACGACCAGGGACUUGUCUGUGAAGACCUUACAGCAAAUUUCUCUUGAAGAAACUGACUGUCCAUACCAAACCACAGAACCAAGUCCUACUGUUACUCUAGAGACACUAGGUUGCGACUUUGAUUCAGAUAAAGUGGAGUCUACUGAUGCAGUCUUGCCUAGUACUGUAUCUUUCCGUAACCGCUCAAGGAAAGAUGUUAGUACUAUAAGUCACUCCACUGCUUUGGAAGAUUGUAAAGCCAGUCCAAGAGUGGGACAGUCCUUGGAAGUUAAAAGAAGUAGAUGUGAAGACCUAACCAUAACCCUGCACAGACUUGAAAAUGUAGAACAAAAUGUUUCUCUGUGGAACAAAGACCAAAUUAACUUAUGCUCUGGACUGAUUAACACAGCAAAGAUUACUAAGUCACAAGAAAUCAUUUUACCAUCUAAACCUGAACAAAUAGAAAGUAAGCAUAAAUGUCCACGAAAAAGAAGAGCAGAGCAAAGAGGAACCAACCAGAGAUGCAAAUCAAAAUUCUCAUUGAGGAGUAAGGGCAACAAAGGCAAAGAUAAGCAGGCUUUACCCCCUACUACACUGGAUAGGUGUAUUGGUUCUAGUGAUGCUUACGAUUUCAAUAUAAAAGAGAGUGUUCACCACACCCCUUUCCGACAAAAAAUGAGCAUUGACUCCAAUAGAGAAACCAACAGCAGCAACUCAGUCUUGGAAUGCAGUACCUCUGAGGAUGAGUCUGAUGACCUCUACCUGCCUCCUUACAAGCACUUGCAAGACUACACAGAGUCAGACAGACCAGUUACCAGGCCUCCGUCUAAAAGAGGACUUAAGUACCCAGAUGAAAAAAAGACGGAGGAGGUGCUGCCAUCUACAACUCCUACUGGUAACCUACCUGAGACUCAAGAGUCACCUCAUUGUAGCCUAAAUGAUGUCACCAAUAUCCUGCAGCGCCCUAUAGUGAAAAUCAGGAAGCUUUCUCUAGCUCCAAAACGACAUGAAGACAGCCCAGCAGUGUCUAUGUCUAAACGCAGGUGUAGCACCAUCACAAGCUAUAAAGAGCCAACACUCGCUUCGAAGCUAAGAAGAGGGGACCCUUUCACAGACUUGUGUUUCUUGAAUUCUCCUAUUUUCAAGCAGAAAAAAGGUAUGAGACGUCCUAAAGGAAGAAAAAAGAAAGCAUAACUCCUUUGAUUGGAUAUUGUUGAAGGUGAUUCUUCUCUUUUGCCUAAUAGUGUUAUGAGACAGUGCACAAUGGGCAGAACCAUCCCUUAUGCUCUGAGUCAAAAGGGUCCCUUGGACCUAUACUUUGUAUGGAUUACUCCCAACAUCUAAAACUUCUCCACCGUCUUUAUUUUUUCCUUAACUAGGAGAAUUGCAGAGUAGAAAACUUGAAGCAUACAAAACUUACAUAGGAUGUAGAUCUUUCAUAAACCCUUACCGGCACAGUAAGAUAUACCAUAAGUGGGUGAGGAUCCCUUCCGUCGUAUUGAUUCUUCCUGUAAAAUGUGUAUCGAGUCGUGAUCAAGAGAUUUAAUGAAUUGGGUUCUGGGACAAGGUAACUGUUGUGAAACUGUGAGUACAAUGCUAUUCCUCAGCAAAAUAAUUGCAUGUCAUGGACCUCCGGCUAGCCCUUCGUGUGAUCUGUCUACAGUGUAAAAGUGUGAAUAAAAGGGCUUCUGGUUUUGAUCUAUGAACAAAAUGUAAGUAUCCAGUUCAGAAAAUUGAAUUUCUACGUGUAUAUGUAUGUCUUUAAAAUUAAAUCAUUGUAGGUCCAUUGUUAAAGAUGAAGCCUGUGAUGACCGCCACUGUGGUUUCCAUCUGCUCCUAAUGGUUAGGUAAUCUUCAUUAAUCUUCCUUUCUGGCCAUUACCACUCCCAUCUUAGCGGGAACCUCUUUCCCCUUCCCUGCCAACGUUCCCCCCUUCUCUUCUCAUUAGAUUUGUCCUGUCAAGUUUUCCUACCUGCAGCCUCCAGGGCCAACAUCAAGACAUUUCAAUAUUCAUUAAAUCAGCAGUACAUUUGCCUCAUAUGGGCAAGGCCCAGGGAUAAAUCCCCCUCAAACAGGAGAUUUUUAAGGUAUCAGAAGGGCCUUCUGGUGUUCAUCUCAGAGUUUACCCACAUCUGCAUGACUUCCUACAUUUACCAUCAGACUGAGAGUGCUUCUCUGUCACUCAUGAGCAUCCCUCUCAUCCAUCGCAGCCUCACAUUUUUAGCCACUGUUUACAGCGCUGAGGAUAGGAGCCACAAGCCUGUGUGUGGUAGGAGCAGUCAGAGCAGUCCUCAGCCACUUCAUUUAUCAUUUAUCAAUGUCAUGGUACUUUGAAAGUAACCAUUUUAGCUAAAAAUAAAUGCAAUUAAAAGUCCAGUUUCCAUCUCAGUGGGCCCCAUGUAGCUGUGAUUACUAUAGUGCAGCCUACAUAGAGAUAGACUGCAACUGUGUAGGACAAGCUAAAUUUAGUUGUUCUGUAGUUUAAAAGUAGAAAACAAAUAUUGGGAUUAAAUUUUGCUGCUUGGCUUGCAGAACCCCAGAUGUUUAUUUUCUGGACCUUUGUCAAAAAAGCUUUCCAAAGCCUGAUAGGUACAUACCUGUAAUUUCAGCACCGUAGAGGCUGAGUCAGUAGGAUCACAUGUAGACUAGCUGUACUACUGGUCUCAAAAAGCAAAAAUCCACUUCCUGCUACAGACACUUAAAUGGCUACUUCAUAGAUCAGUGUGUCUAGUGUCACCGUGAUGCUCACUCACUCCAUGCCAGUCACUUAUCUUAAAGCUGGUGCUAGACCUUUAGUCUUCUUCGCCUUUCUGUAUUCUUGCUGUAGGGUUUACUCAUGGGCUAUUAAGGGGUUUGUGUCAACAUUUUUAUAAAAUCCAUAUUGUAUUAUAUAUGUUGUACGUAUCAUUUAUAAUUGACUUAAGAAUUUGAGACUUCCCUGGUUGGUAGAUAGUUAUUUCUGUGGUUGUAUAAUAUCAUAUAAAUAAACCAGAAUUAAUGGCCUCUUUUGAGACAU